AUCGUGCUGCCGUAGUAUCUCUAGUAGCACUUUUCUUCGCUCGGUCCACGUGAAUUAUUAUCGAGUGCGUGCAUCAAGAAAAUCUCAAACAACUUUGCUACCAAACGGGGCACGCUGCUGAUCCUACUUGGUCUCUUCACCUAUACGGAAUGAGCCUACCGAGCGUUACUGCGUCACAACCCAAGGCAAUAAGAAUGGCCGGUUCUCCAGUGCUGGAGAACGAAGAUAAGACCGAGGUUCUAGAUGAACCCCUGUUCAGUACCCUCGACAUAGUACUUCUUAGUGCGCUUUUAUUAGCUGCAUUAUGGUGGUUAAUGCGUCGAAAUAAACAAGAAGAAUACACGGCUGUCACAAAAUCCUAUUCCAUUCAGCCAACGUUGUUCCCUACAGUAACACCAUCAGAAAAUUCUUUCAUAAAAAAGUUGAAGACAUCAGGUAGGAGUUUAGUAGUAUUUUAUGGCAGUCAAACCGGAACUGCAGAAGAAUUUGCAGGCCGGUUAGCUAAAGAGGGCAUCCGAUACAAGAUGAAAGGCAUGGUGGCUGACCCUGAAGAAUGUGAUAUGGAGGAGUUAACAAAUCUUAAAACAAUACCAAACAGUUUGGCAGUAUUCUGCUUAGCUACGUAUGGAGAAGGUGACCCUACGGAUAACGCUAUGGAAUUUGUUGAUUGGUUGAAAAAUGGUGAUGGUGAUCUCUCUGGAUUAAAUUAUGCUGUAUUUGGACUUGGAAAUAAAACAUAUGAACAUUACAAUGAAGUUGCAAUAUACGUUGACCAUAGAAUGGAGCAACUUGGUGCUACCCGUGUCUUCGAACUUGGUUUAGGAGACGAUGAUGCUAAUAUAGAAGAUGAUUUCAUCACAUGGAAAGACAAAUUUUGGCCAGCUGUCUGCGACUUCUUUGGAAUUGAAGGGGCAGGUGAAGAUGUUAGUAUUCGACAAUACAAACUUACAGAGCACGUUGAAUUACCAAUUGAACGUAUCUACACUGGUGAAAUAGCCCGUCUUCAUUCAUUUAAAAAUCAGAGAGCGCCAUUUGAUGCAAAGAAUCCUUAUUUAGCUCCAGUUAAAGUCAAUCGAGAACUUCAUGGUCCAACAUCAGAAAGAUCAUGUAUGCACAUAGAAUUUGAUAUAGAAGGAUCAAAAAUGCGGUAUGAAGCUGGUGAUCAUUUGGCGGUAUACCCUGUAAAUAGCACAGAAUUAGUAAACAAAAUUGGGGAAAAAUGUGGCGUAGAUUUGGAUACUGUGUUUACUCUUACAAAUACAGAUGAGGAAUCUACAAAGAAACACCCAUUCCCUUGCCCAUGUUCAUACAGAACUGCUUUAACUCAUUACUUGGACAUUACUAGUAAUCCACGCACCCACAUUCUUAAGGAGUUAUCAGAAUACUGCAGCGAUCCGAAAGAUAAAGAAAAGUUAAAAUUAAUGACAUCAACGAGUGUAGAAGGCAAAGCUGCUUAUCAACAAUGGGUAGUUCAAGAGAAUAGAAAUAUUGUCCACAUUUUAGAAGACAUUCCUAGUUUAAAGCCAGCCUUGGAUCAUUUAUGUGAACUGUUACCAAGAUUGCAAUGCCGUUAUUACUCAAUUUCCUCAUCUCCCAAGUUACAUCCGACAACUGUUCAUAUUACUGCAGUUGUAAUAGAAUAUAAAACGCCAACGGGUAGAAUUAACAAAGGUGUGACUACCAGUUGGUUAAAGGAGAAACAUCCAUCAGAUCCACCUUGUUACGUUCCUAUUUUUGUGCGGAAAUCUCAAUUCCGUUUGCCAACUCGAAUGUCAACUCCUAUUGUUUUGAUUGGACCAGGUACUGGUGUAGCACCAUUCAGAGCAUUUAUACAAGAACGUGAUUUUGCUAGACAAGAAGGGAAAGAAGUUGGUGAUACAAUAUUAUAUUUUGGAUGUAGAAAGAGAGAUGAAGAUUACCUUUACAAAGAAGAACUUGAACAGUUUGUAAAGAAUGGUACGUUGAUUUUACAUACUGCAUUUAGCAGAGAACAAUCUGAAAAAGUGUAUGUUACGCAUUUAUUGGAAAAGAAUAAAGACGAAUUAUGGAGAGUUAUUGGUGAACAAAACGGACAUAUUUAUGUUUGUGGUGACGCUAAAAAUAUGGCACGUGAUGUGCAUAAUAUCUUACUAAAAGUUGUAAUGGAAAAUGGAAAGAUGUCUGAAGCAGAUGCAGCUAGUUAUAUUAAGAAGAUGGACUCACAAAAGCGUUAUUCGAGCGAUGUAUGGAGUUGAAUAUUAUUUUAUUUAAUUUCAUAGAUAUUUAUAAGCUGAAUUGUCUAUGUAAACUUUUUAAAUAUGCCUUUGUGAACAGGCUUACUUAUAAACUUCGUAUAAAUGUACGAUACGCAUGUAAACAUUUAAAAAUUAAGAGAUGAUUAUAGAUGUUAACAAAAUUGUUUAGGUCCUAAUUGUAUUUAUUACUCAUAAGUAGUUAAAGAAUUUUGUAUAAAAAUUAGCGUUUUGUUUUUAUUUCAAUUCGUCUUGUUCUAUAAUAAUAUUUUUAUAGAAAUUAAUACAAUGCAAUAAUGAAUGUAAGUCAACUUUUGCAGCUAGCAUGUAUGCUCAACAUCUGUAUUAUAUUACGAACAAAAUUCUAUAAAUUUAAUUUUAUAAAUUAAAACAUGUUACAAUCUUUAGUGAUAAGAUAAGUUUAAAAAAAUGUUUAUCUAAACUACAAUACUUAUACUAAAAUGGGAACAAAUGGAUAGAUCAAUAAAAGAAAGAAAAAUUGCAUUGGUCAUUAAGACGAAAUACGUAUGAAUUUAUAUUCUAAAAAUAAUUGUACAUAUUACACUGAUUUAAGUAUAUAUUAUACUAAAAGUAUGAAGUUCAGUGUGAAUAUAUACAUUUACGGUUUUAAGAAAAUGUAUGUAAGGAAACGCGGGCCUAUUUGUUACAGAGGCAAGUUGUUACAAUAUGUUUCAGAAAAUAUAACUUGUGUUUAUUACUGUUCAACGAAACGAUGUUAACACUUUUAUGUAUGAUCUGCUUGAUUAAAUUAUUUUUGCUGUUUAAGGUAA